CCAGGACGCAUAGUCACAGCGCCUUCACUUCCGGGUCCGCCAUUUUAUUGCCUCCAUUUCUCCGCGAGGGGGGGGUAAAGUCCCCCCAAAUAUGCAUAUGUGAAAAGGCCAAAAAGUGAGGCCACUGGCAAAGGAGUCUUAAGGAGAGAAAGAAACGGGACCAAACUGGCGGGCCCAGUGAGAGCAAAGCCGGCAGCGCUCCGGACUAGGUACCUGGAAACUUCUGUUUCUAUGCAUAAAGAUGUCUCUGGUGGACUUGGGGAAGAGGCUGCUAGAAGCUGCAAGGAAAGGUCAAGACGAUGAAGUGAGGACACUGAUGGCAAAUGGGGCUCCAUUCACCACAGACUGGCUUGGAACAUCGCCACUUCACCUUGCAGCCCAGUAUGGUCAUUACUCCACAGCAGAAGUGCUUCUCCGAGCUGGUGUUAGCAGGGAUGCCCGGACCAAAGUGGACAGGACCCCUUUGCAUAUGGCUGCAGCUGAUGGACAUGCUCACAUCGUGGAACUGCUUGUUAGGAGUGGUGCCGAUGUGAAUGCAAGGGAUAUGCUGCAGAUGACAGCUCUGCACUGGGCCACGGAGCAUCAUCACCGAGAUGUUGUCGAGUUACUUCUCAAAUAUGGAGCUGAUGUCCACGCUUUUAGCAAAUUUGAUAAGUCUGCCUUUGACAUAGCACUGGAGAAAAACAAUACUGAGAUUUUGGUCAUGCUUCAGGAAGCAAUGCAGAAUCAGGUGAACACUAACCCCGAGAGAGCCAACCCAGUGGCUAACCCUGUGACUGUGACUGCGCCGUUCUUCUUCACCUCUGGAGAGGUCGUUAACCUCGCUAGCUUUGUUUCUUCAGCCAACACCAAAGCAACCUCAGCUAAUUUAGAAGAAAUUGAAGAAGGAAAUUCUCUUGAUUCCUCCAUCCAGCAAGUGGUAGGGAGUGGAGGCCAGAGAGUCAUCACCAUAGUGACUGAUGGAGUCCCUCUGGGUAGUAUCCAAACUUCAAUCCCUACUGGAGGCAUUGGCCAGCCGUUUAUUGUAACUAUGCAAGAUGGACAGCCAGUUCUAACUGUGCCUGCUGGUCAGGUUGCAGAGGAGACGAUAAUUAAAGAAGAGGAGGAGGAAGAAGAGAAAUUGCCAUUGGUGAAGAGACCGAGGAUGGCAGAGAUGACAAACAGUGUUGAGGAAAUGAAGGAAGGCAGUGAACGAGAGCUACUGCAGCAGCAGCUCCAGGAGGCCAACCGGAGAGCCCAGGAGUACAGACACCAGCUCCUGAAGAAAGAGCAGGAGGCAGAGCAGUAUCGGCUCAGGCUGGAGGCUAUGGCUCGGCAGCAGCCCAACGGAGUGGAUUUCACCGUGGUUGAGGAGGUAGCUGAAGUGGAUGCUGUAGUGGUGACAGAAGGGCAUGAAGUAGGAAGAGCAACACAAGUGAUGAAGUCAGGAAGGACCACGGAGCCACACACUAGCAUUUCCAUAGAAACUGUCUCAUCCUAACACCCAACGGCCACUUGUGCUCGCUCAUCUUAUUCUUUGUAAGAAGAAAGUACAGACUGCAAGUACUGCGUACGGAUUAGAAUGUCCUUAAGAACGUAAUAGUAGCAGGGCUCAAGGCCUGAGCCUAGGAAGGCUGUAUGUGCAGCUGGAAAACUCAGAGUCACUUUAGGGGCAUCUGAGGGACCAAAGGACCAGGACCAAAUCUCUCAGCUCAUAUCAUUGCUUUAAACAGAGUACUAGGCAUUGUGGGUUGUUGGGGGUUUUUUUGUUUUCUGUUGUAAUGUUAGCUUUAUAUCAGAAGGUUUUAAGAUAAUACUUGUAAUACAUAUACACCAAGAGCCUUUAAUAAUUAUACCUGAAAAUUUCCAAGUGACCUGAAAAUUUGCCUUAAAUUUAUGAAAAUGAUGAGGUUGUAGGAAGCCUCCUCUUGAGGAAGAGUAAAGGAUACCAUACAUUUCAUUUCUAAAGGAGCAGGCACACAAGUUCUCCCUAACUAACUUCCUGAAAAGAAGUCCCUAAGCCAGGAGCAGUAGUGCACACCUGAGAUGUCAGCACUCAGGAAGCUUCAACAGAAGUUUUUUGAGGUCAGCCUGAGCUAACGAGAGUUUUUCAAUACAAGAGGGCCAGAUGUGGUGGAGCAUGCCUUUAGUUCCAGCACUUGGGAAGUAGACACAAGCAGAUCUCUGUUGAGUUCAAUGCCAUGUGGUCUACAUACCAAGUCCCAGGCCAGCCAAGGCUACACAGUGAGACCCCAUCUCCAAAUAAAGCAGAACAAAGCUGGAGUGGAGAAGUGGUGGGUUAGGAACAUUGCUUGCUCUUCCAGAGAACCUGGGUUCCAUUCCUAGCACCCGAAGCAAGCUGCUCACAAUUAUCCAGCUCCCAGGGAUCAUGCCCUAUUCAGAUUUGUGUAUACCCACACAUCAUAUACAUUUAUAUAUACAUAUAAAUGAAAAUUUAAAUUAAUAACAAAAUUAAGUUAGUUGAAUGCAGUGAUUCACACUUUGGGAAGCUGAAACAGGAAGAUUAGCAUGAGUUUAAAGCCAGCUUGAACUCCAUAGUGAGCUACAGGUCAGCCUGGGCUAGAGUGUGGGACCUUAAUGCAAAAACAAGUGUUGUGUAUGCACCUCUAAUUCUAGCACUCAGGAGGCAGAAGCAGGGGGAUCUCUGAGUUUGAGGCCAGCCUAGUCUACAAAGAGAGUUCUGGUAUAGCCAGGGCUACAUAUAGAGACACUGCCUCAGAAAUAAAGAAAAACUAGCAAAGAAGGUCUUGAUUACCUGAUAAAUUGUGUCCAUAGUUUAGAUACUAUAAAAAAUAUAUUAAAAAAAAUUAAAAUAGGCAUAGUGGUGCAUCCUGUGAUCCCAGCACUUGGGAGGUGAGACAGAAGACUACUGUAAGUUAAAGGUUAGCUUUGGCUUCAAUAAGA